AUGGCGCUGCAAAAUAUGCUUGUCCUUUCAGAUCGUACCGAGUCCUUGGUGCUAUCGUCUGCUAUGGGUGGUGUUGAAAAGGGACAUCAUGCGCCGACGCCCGCUGCCCUCGCCUCCCCGUCACUCUUUCCUGACAAUGGCCUUCACCUCACUGAUUCUUCCGAGUCUUCCCUAUCCUCUUACAUGCCAGUAGCUAUUGUCAGUUACUUCGAUGGGAACGAGACUGUCACUUCUGAGAAUUCAGAUUCCAACGACCAUAUAUCUUCAUCCGCUUCGCUCUCAAACGGAGUGAAGAUGAGGGACCCUCAACCGACCGCAGACACAGCAAUCGAGUCCAUCGAACACAACAGCGAGAUGACUGGCUCUGAUGGAAUCAGACCAAGAAAGAAACGGACUGGGGAUCCGAUGUACGUCUCAGGCGACAUUUUUGAUGAAGAACCCAUGGGUUCGUCAGAAACAGAAACAACCAGAGACGAGAACAGUCGAUUCAAGAAGCGGCGCACCUCGGACUCUUCGUAUACCCCAGGACAGGACGAUGCACUUGCUGAUCGAGAGGGUCAGAUCCUUCUGGGAAUAAAUAAGGAUGGACUGAUCGCUACGAAGAAGAAACGGGUUCUUGAUCCAACAUAUGUUCCUGGCAAGGAUGAUGAUGCAUAUGAGGAAGAUGAGGUCCUGUCGCCUGGUUUACUCAGAGAUGGCAUGAUUACGGCCAAGAAGAAGCGAGUGCUUGAUCCAACAUACAUCCCUGGCAAGGAGGACGAUGAUGCGGAUUACGACGACGAGUUCAUUUCAAGGGUGGCCAAGGAUGGGACAGGGAGAAAGAAAAGACGCACUCUAGACCCUACUUUCACUCUUGCGAAAGAUGGCCAAGGGGCCAACCCUUAUGUUUCUCCAAAAUCACCCACCAUCGAUAAGGGUAGAUCUCCUGUGAGACGAACGCCGAGGAAGAGAAAAGCGGCACCUGAUGUUGGAGCAAGGUCUUCACCAACACCCAGCAAGGAGUCACCUGCUCGAGCCGCGAAGAAGAAGAAGAAAACCGACUCGAAUUUGCGCCAAACAGCGCCAUUGUCUCCAGCCCUUACAGAUCCUCAGUCUGGAGAUGCAGAAGCGGCCAUAGUCACCAAGAAGCCAUGGGAGACUGUCGACGCCAACCUGCAACCGAAUCAUCAUUUGGCAUUGGAGGCGAAGUCCGUCCUCACUGAGGCUGCGGAUGAGAGGAAUAAGUCUCUCUUCUCGCUCGCUAACACUCAUCGAGAUUCGCAGUCGAUCCCCCCUAACGGUUUAGCAGGCAAAUCCAAUGACAAAUUUGGUUCCUCGGGCAAGUCCGAUCCAGUUCAAAAGAAAAUCAAGACUGAGGACAUAACCAAAAGAAUUUCAGAUUCCCCUGCCCAUGCUUCCGAAACUCUAGUAGCCCAGAAAGACGAGGCAACAGAUCUCAAAGAGAGUUUAUCAAUUGAAAGAGCCAAACGCUGGGCAACUGCAGUCAAUGUGCCGAAGGACCUUUGGAGCCAAGGAGAGAAAGAUCUCUUCUACCGAAUUGCCAUGAGAGGCUUCGAACCUUUGCUACCAAAACAGUGGCACUAUGAUUUCUCCACUCUCCCUGACUCUCUGUUUACUAUCUCAAGAGAAAUGGCGGCAUCAACGAUCGCUCCAGCCAGAGGCUCAGAGUUCUAUGCGAUCAAAUCACUUUCUGAUCUUUUUACUCUCGGUGGCCAUGUGAGGGACUGCAGCCUACUAGGCAUUGCGCCAGAGCUCGUCAUCAAAAGGGCAAUCAAGCGAUACAUACGCUGGGCUUUUAAUGAUGCGGGCCUAUGCAUUAAUGCUGGUGCAAUACCCGUGCAUACCAUAUGUGCCCGAAAAACAGAAGAGAGCACCGUCAACGCUGUGAUGAAGGCAAACCGUCGCCUUCAGAAUCUAGCUGAUCGGUUUCAGGAUACCCUCAGUCCAUCCAUGACAGUGAAGUACCGUGCAGCACCUGCAAAACAGACUAGAAAGAAGACUCAUCCCGUUGCAAGGUCCCUCACCUUUCCUGUACUGAUAGGAUUCGUCAUCAGUGGCCCGGUGGUCGCUAUUCUAACCCUGAACUCCGAUCCUUCUGCCGCAAAAGCUCAAGGAGGCAAAGCGGACAGCAACUUCAUGUGCCAGUUUGACCUAGGCGAACAUGGUCAAGAUGUCUGGAACUCACUUGCAGUAGCAAUUGCUGUGAUGCAUAUCCGUCACACCACGGUUGGACUUGCAGGCAACAGCCCAGCUGGGUAUAUUACGACUACUACCGACGCGCAACUGGACUUGGACAGAGAUCUUUGA